AUGCAACUCCUCACCACCCUUCGCGCCAAAAUCGACAUCUACAAACUCGAACAACGCUACACUCGCCGCGAAAAACGCACCACCUUUUGCUCCAACGCGCAAUACGUCGACGGGGAAUACAUCUACGCCAACAACACGGGGGGCUCGAGCAGUAGU